AUGGCAUCUAGACGGCUGUUGGACCAAGAGCUUGUUGAAGUCGAGACAUCCCAACCAGUGUCUAUGGGUAGAGGAAAUUGGCUGCAACUCGAAUGCAUAUCAUAUAAAGACAACAACAAUGUUCAGAGACAAUGGGAGCGUUGUGUUCGAAGAAAGGAACGAGCUUCGAAUGUCGAUGCUGUAGACGUCCAUGCCAUUCUGCUAACCCCUGCACCAGAAAUGUUACUAGUGGUACAAUUUAGACCAGCAAUCGAAUGUUACUGUAUUGAAUUUCCUUCAGGCUUGAUUGAUAUAAAUGAGAAUCCACUUGUUUCUGCUCAAAGGGAGUUGAAGGAAGAGACAGGUUAUGAUAUUCCUCUGUCAGAAUUUGAUUUAGUAAAGACGCCAUUAGCUUACGAACCUGGGCUCUCCAAUUCGUGCUGUUAUGUGGCAAAAGUUACUAUUGAUUUAUCAAAUCUUUCGUCCCCUCCUUCACAGUCCUUAGAGGCAGAUGAGUGGAGUUUGCAAGUGAUUAGUUUGCCAUUAGACAAUAUCAUAAAUAACUUGCUGGAUUUGCAGAAAUCGCAUGAUGGGAAGCUCAUCAUUGACAGCAGAGUUUAUGCACUGGCAUCUGGCAUUGCUUACGCGCAAAAGUUGCAACAAAACACAUCAAACAGAUAA